AUGUUUCUUUGUUUUUAUAUCUUCCUUUCUUUCUCCCGACAUGAGUGUAUUUAUUUCUGGUCAUUUUCCUUCCAUUCUUUUCCAUUCAUUCUUCUUUGUCUCAUCUAUUUAUUAGUUUUUUUUUCUCCCUUUUCUCAUUUAGUCUCUCUCUCUCUCUCUCUCUCUCUCUCUUCUAUACUUCUUUUACCCGUAAUACUUUCAUUACUAUUUUUUCUUCUUUAUCUAUUUUUCUGUAACUCUCUACCUAUCUUUUCUCAAGUGAAAUUUGUUAUUCUCUUAAUUUUCUUUCGUUUUUUAUGUCUUUGUCUUUGCUUUUUUAUAUCAUAUUUUCUUUCUUUCUUUUUCUUUCUUUCUUUCUUUCUUUCUUUCUUUCUUUCUUUCUUUCUUUCUUCUUUUCGUUUCUCUUUCUUUCUCCUAACCUUCAUUCUUUCUUUCUUUCUUUCUUUCUUUCUUUCUUUCUUUCUUUCUAAAUUUCGUUUCUCUUUCUUUCUCCUAACCUUCUUUCUUUCUUUCUUUCUUUCUAAAUUUCGUUUCUCUUUCUUUCUUUCUUUCUUUCUUUCUUUCUUUCUAAAUUUCGUUUCUCUUUCUUUCUCCUAA